ACUCAAUUUGACUCACAGAGACGGCUAUCCGGCACACGUCUGAAGGAUGCUUGCACUGGCACGACGCAGAGGUCCGCGAACGAGGUGGCGCAUACUCCGCAACCAUUCCCCGUACAAUUGAAAACGGACCACUCAGGAUCAUGCGGAACCUUUCUCAGCGUAAUGAACAGGCUACUGUGAGUUGGGCAGUUGAACAGGGAAGCAUCUACUUGAUAGUUCGACUGAUAUUCUCGUGCCUUAAAUGGUUUCUACAGCCCCUUCCGUCCCCCCCCCCUUCGUAAUCUCUACGCAGCCAGCGUGCGUCCCGCAGCAAACCAUGUCGCCCCACCGCUCAUUUUGUCGCUCUUUCUUAUCUCAUAUGGGGAUCCGACUCCUCACGUUCUCUCUGUUACUCGCGAACACAGUCGUGGACGUGCGAGCAACACCCACAACCCGGACAAUCGAUGACUACUAUGGUGACUCUUCCACAGGGGCCAUGCCCGUGUACACGAAUACGUCCGAUGCAGAAUGGAAUUAUGGCCCGGAUUGUCCUCCUUGCAGCCUGCGUCCGGACACAGACAAGGCCUUCAAGGGAAGCUGGCACGACACAACAUUGUUGCCCAAUGCCGCGGGUGCAAAUGUCGUCUCCAUGAGCUUCACUGGUACUGAGGUCUGGGUAUACUGCAUCAUGGCCCAGAAGGUCAACAGCACUGCUAUUAUCACAGCCACCGACAUCGAUAUCGAACUCGACGGCGAGAAGGUCAAAACGUAUGUCAACAUCCCGACAAAUUUGGAUGCAACCACAGGCGAUUUCUCCUACAAUGUGACCGUGUACGACAACACGAACCUGACAAACAUGGAGCACACUUUGAAGAUGACUGUGCUAGCAGGGUCGUGGAUAGCUUUCGACUAUUUGCAGUACACAUACGACUCCAUUCAAGUUCCUGCCAUGCCAGUGGGGCCAGCUACAUCAGGGACCAGCUCAUCAUCCUCGAAUUCCGAAUCGAGCACUACAUUCACUACAUCAAGCAAUGGGGAUACCGUGACUACCAGUGCAUCCUCGGUCAAACCAGCCAGUAGUCCGACGACGAUCAUCACCCCGGUGUCUGGCUUGCGAACAACGGUCACAAGCAGUGUGCUUGUGACCCCCUCUCCUCUCCCGUCCUUGACUUCUCCGGGAGGAAUAUCUGUCCCCCCCGACAACCCGACAAAGUCGCAUCCAUCUAUUGCUGCCAUCGUGGGCGCAGCAGCCGGAGGAGCUGCUGCAGUAGUGCUCCUGUCCAUCAUACUCUGUGUGUGUCGCAGACAGAGGUCGAAGAGAGUGGACCGCGAUCGGAGGCUACUCGCCAGGGUCAGGACGUCGCCUGUGCGCACGGGAGAGGGAGCGUACCUAGCCGUAGGCAAUCCUGCUUUUGCGACAAGUGAAUGCUUGGAUGUACACUGCACAGACAUAACGUCACCUACCUUGAGCGUGGAUGCCUUGUCGCGAAGCAUGCAGCCAAUCGCCGCACACACUCAUUUCGACGACACCCCUGGCGACUUCACAACCUCCUAUUCCCCCACAACCACCAUAGACACUUCGUCGAGCAGUCACUUUGCACGAAUUCGCACGGCACCUUCCGGCGGUCCUCUUCCAGGGCUUGAGGCCGAAACCCCGCAGCCGCAGCCCGAGCGGUACGGAGACACCGGACAGGCAACAGGAAGUGCCACCAUAACGUACACAGCAGGCAACCCGCAAUUGACGUACCAGCAGAUCAUCGAAUCACAGCAUGCAAUAUCUACCACGGUGGACGUAUCUGACACGCCCAUAGCGCCACCGAUCCAGUACGACGUCUCCGCGUUACAGAGACAGAUCGGGGCACUGCAAAGGCAGGUGAAUGAUAUGAGCUUGCGGGCAGACCGUGUUUCCCUUGACACGGACAUAAAGGCUCCCCCACCGGCCUACGAGGAAGCGGGGGAUUGGGAAGGAUGACAUGCACGAUGUGGCGUAGCAUGGGCAGCAAAGUUCUAUCUUGUCCUUGAAUCUUCCUGUUUACACACAAGGCGACCUUCGAUCAUUAGGUAUCCCCUAAGUAGGAUGUCUGUGACUAGUCGAAUGAGUACUGUACCAGCUGGCGGGACGUCGACGUAAUACCUCACUCGACUGUAGUAAUACGUAUACGUGCUAGGUUCGCGCACGCCGUGCGGACGUACGUACUGCGUCGUCAACGCGCAAGUUGGAUGAACGGUGCAAAUAUCAUACGGGACGCUUCUGGUUGAUCUCCGUGCCUGGAACCUACACCGUUCAACACAUCGACACGCU